AUGUAUGCUGAAAUCAAACGUGUGAGUGAUACAGUAAUUGGUGUUGCUACUCAAUGCGUUCAAUCCAAACAUAUUUUUCAAGCAAAAAGACAAUAUUGCGAUAAUUUAUGUCUUAGAAUGAACGUUAAACUUGGUGGUAUGAAUUCAUUCAUUGAACCAAGUUGUAUGCAGUUUGUUACGCAACGCCCGACCAUCGUAUUGGUUGCAAGCGUCUCACAUCCUGCUCCUGGUGGUGACGAGUCUCGCCCAUCCAUUGCUACUCUAUACACUUCAAUGGAUGCAAAAGCAUCUCGUUAUGCCACUUCUAUUAGUGUUCAAGCAGGUAGACAAGAAAUCAUCUCUGACUUGUCAAGUAUGGGCCAAUUUGAACAAGUGAUGGAUUUUGAAAUCGAAGCCCUGCAUGUGCAUCUCUUGAUGAAUUAUAAACCGACCAUAACCUUUGUGAUUGUACAGAAACGACAUCACACUUGCCUUUUCCCUGUGGAUAAGAAAGAUUCAGAAAAUACAGGAAACUGUCCGGUUGUUACGGUUGUUGAAUCAACAAUAACGUAUCCUUUCGAAUUCGACUUUUAUCUACAGAGCCACGCUGGAACGAGAGGAACUUCGCGUCCAACACAUAAUUACGUUUUGUGUGAUGAAAACCGAUUCAAUGCCGAUUCACUUCAAACUUUAUCAUACAAUUUAUGUUAUUCAUUUGCGCGAUGUACAUGUGCAGUUUAUAUUGUCCCACCAGUGUCUUAUGCGCAUUUAGUUUGUUCCAGGGCCAGGUUUCAUUCGAGAAGUGAAAUUUUAGAUGAUAUAGAUUCAGAAAAUAGGAAUUCUGUAAUAUCUUAUGGUAUGGUGAAACCUGAGUUACAAAGAGUUAUGUACUUAUUCAGGAUUAUUCAGCAAUAG